GACCCAUCCUCCUUCGGGAGUCCCCUUUCCGGUGUGUGUGUGACCUUCAGGUUGACCUCAUUUCACAAUGAGCUGACCGUGGUACUUUCCCAGAGGUAUUUUUAGACUCGUGUGUGGGUAAUAUAAGGCCUCUGAACAGUCCCCAUGUCAUUCAGUCGUCAGAGACAAGGCACGCAUCCUCUUGACUCUACUGAUUCUGGUAGCUGUUUACCUCGAAGAUGGAAGCCGUUCACCGUGAUAUCCUGAGGAAGAAUUACUCUGGUCUAGUGCAAGCUAUACAGCGUGUACAAGAGGUGGUCGACAAACUGUUACAGUUUGAAGUCCUUACCAUCUUCAUGAAGGCAGAGAUUAUCGAAAAACCACAAACCUCCUUUGACCGGGUCAGAGCUUUAUUAGAUACCCUUCCCCGGCGGGGACCAGAAGCCUACACCCUCUUCUGUAAAGCUUUGGAGGAAUGCGGAGAGAUACAGGCCAUGACAUUGUUGGGAUUAGAGGCAGACAAGCCAGAGCUACAGGAUCCCCGUUGUCAUAUAGACUUAGGCAACGACGUAUUUGUGACGGCCAAGAUGUGGAAUAAUGUACUGAACAUUCAUGUAAGGAAGUACGAUGUAUAUCCUAGUGGGAGAAGUUAUCCUACCAAACGUGGUAUUGUCCUGAGUUUGAAACAUUGGCUGGAACUUAGUGGAGUCCAUUUCAAGCUUCAGGAGGCCAUCGAUCAAGGAAGGGCCCAUGAUCAUGCUCAUAUCGGAGCCAAUAUGUAUGCUACUUUGGAUCCAAAUGGUGGUGUGGAUCUACGACAGUGGGAGAAAAAUGAACAACUGGGAAGAGUGGUACCUACGGCUAAGGGUAUCUUGUUGUACCUGGACCAGUGGAAGAAACUGAGAGACUGUUGUGAUGUGAUGACAGAUUUCGUGCCCGAACUCAAAGACAUGGUUCCCUGUCUCCUUCAGGAUGAUCAUCAAAACCAGACGGGAGCUUUAACGUGUUCCUUCUGUAACCCCAAUGACUAUGAAUGUUGGAGUAACUGACUAUUUUUCUAUGGAUGGAAGUCUCCCUUCAGUAAUUUUCAUUCAUGCACAUUACACAUAGAUAAUCGUACCUUCAAUUGUACUGAACAAUAUUACAUGUAUUCUAAGGCAAUUUACUUUUGUGAUCAUACACUCGCAAGUCGUAUUUUACAAGAGACUGUUCCGGCUAAGCAAAAACGUCUUGGGAGAUGUGUGAAAGGCUUUACUCAGAAAGUGUGGGACACUGUCAGUCUUGAUGUUAUGACUAAGGCAUUAAUGGCUAAAUUUUCCCAAAACAAUCACUUGAAACAGAUAUUGAUUCAAUCCUACCCUAAGCCGUUAGCUGAAGCUAGCCCAUUUGAUAAAAGAUGGGGAAUAGGAAUUGAUGUAUCCCAUCCUGAUAUUGACAAACCCUGGAAAUGGCCGGGGGAAAACCUGUUGGGAAAAACAUUAAUGUAUGUCCGUGAAAGGUUGUUGU